AUGAGCGACAGCAUACAGGAGUUCUUGAAUGUGCAGCUGAUCCAAAACUGCCAGUUGGCGACCGUGACGGACCUGGCGGAUAAAUUUGGUCUGGACGCGGGCGCAGCAAAGAGCGCGCUCCUGGCAUAUCACUCUGCCACCAAGAAUAAAGAGGUACAUCGGCUUAUUGUAUGCGUGUACAGCACAGGAACAAUUCGGGUGGUCUGCGAUGAUGAUGAUGUGCCCAGGGAAGACCUGGCUGAUGUGUUCCUGUACGGUUUGAGCCCAUCAAGCAGCUUGGCCAUCUCCGCGAACGUGCGCAGUAACCCCACGCUGAGGAACCCGUAUACGCUGGUGGCAGUGCCUGAUGAUGAGGCUGCGGCCGAGCCACCGCAACGAUCACGGACACAGGCUGCGGAUGCAGGGCCGCGCCCCAACCUGCGCGGGAACCAGACAUACCCUGCCGCAGCCAAACCUUCCCCUUCCAAGGCAGGGACGGCACAGGCCAAAGCGGGUAAGUUCGAUAGUGGAUUACGUUCUACAGCCAUCAUUGCACGCAUGCGCGAAGACAGGGAGAAGAAGGAGCGCGAGAGACAGGAGGAGCUCAAGAAACGCCGCCAGAAGAGUACAAUUGUUACAGAGGAAAAGAAACUGCAGAUCGCCAAGUUAGCGCAGCUGUUUGACGGCGACUCCGACAGCGGUGACGAGGAAAUGGAUGGCCGCGACGAAGAGACGGUGCUUGCCCCCCUGCCACCCGUUUCCGCGCCCGAUGUUGCUGCACCAGCUGCUGCGCCAGAUCAAACCCUCGAUCUAGAGGCGCUGCUGGACACCACCGCGGAUGAAUCGCUGCUAUCGAUACAUCCAGAUCAGAAUUCCCCCACGCGAGGAUCGCAAGAUCAUGCGAGUACAUUGACGUCGCUCGACGCACAGCCACAGAGCACUACAGAUGAGGACGGCUACCUCGUUACCACUAAGAUCCUGCCAUCAGCACCGCCGGCGGCGUUGCCUUCAGGCGCCAAGAGACCCGCGCAACGCGCCGGAGGUCCUCCCUCAAAGAGCGCGAAGACAGCGCCUGCUUCAAAGAAGGUCCAAUCCUCUUUGAUGAACUUCUUCAAGAAGAAAUAG